AUGGCGCCCGCUCAAGUCGUUGACGACCAUGACGUCGAAAUGGAUCGUGAGGAGGAUGAGGACCAGGAGCAGCGUCUCAUCAAUGAGGAAUACAAGACCUGGAAGAAGAACAGCCCCUUUCUCUACGACAUGAUUCUCAGCACCGCCCUUGAGUGGCCUACCCUCACGACACAAUGGUUCCCCGAUGUGAAGGAGCCUGAAGACAAGAACUACCGCAUCCACAGACUGCUUCUCGGCACCCACACAUCCGAAGGACUGCCCAACCACGUCCAGAUCGCCGAAGUCAAGAUCCCCAAGUCCGCAACCCCGAACCCGGCCGACUACAAUGAGGAGACCGGUGAGAUUGGAGGGCAUGCAAAGUCGUCGAAUGGAGAGUCUUCGGCAGUUGAGUUCAGCAUCGUGCAAAAGAUUGAUCACCCUGGCGAGAUCAACAAGGCGCGCUACCAGCCUCAGAACCCCGACAUCAUUGCGACACUCUGUGUCGAUGGCAAGGUCUUGGUUUUUGAUCGCACGAAGCACAGCCUGCAGCCUGACGGCAAGGUCAACGCUCAGGUCGAACUCAUUGGCCAUAAGCAGGAAGGAUUUGGCCUGAGCUGGAACCCUCAUGAAACGGGCUGCCUGGCUUCUGGUAGUGAGGACACCACCGUUUGCCUUUGGGACCUCAAACAGCUGCAAAGCGGUAGCCACACUUUGAAGCCCCAGAGCAGAUACACACACCACACCCAGAUCGUCAACGAUGUCCAAUACCACCCGAUUGCCAAGAACUUCAUCGGAACCGUCUCGGACGACUUGACGAUGCAAAUUAUCGACGUGCGCCAGAAGCAGACGGAUCGUGCUGCCGUGGUCGCUAAGCGCGGUCACCUGGAUGCGAUCAACGCCCUCGCCUUCAACCCCACGUCAGAAGUCCUCGUCGCGACGGCCUCGGCUGACAAGACCUUGGGCAUCUGGGAUUUGCGCAAUGUCAAGGAGAAGGUUCACACCCUGGAGGGUCACAACGAUGCGGUCACUUCGCUCUCAUGGCACCCUCAAGAGGCCGGUAUCCUCGGCUCCGGUAGCUACGACAGACGUGUCAUCUUCUGGGAUCUGUCCCGCGUCGGAGAGGAGCAGAUGCCGGACGACCAGGAGGAUGGGCCCCCGGAGCUCCUGUUCAUGCACGGUGGUCACACCAACCACCUCGCAGACUUCAGCUGGAACCCCAACGAGCCCUGGCUCGUCUGCAGUGCCGCAGAGGACAACCUGCUCCAGAUCUGGAAGGUCGCCGACUCCAUCGUCGGCAAGGACGACGGCGACCUGCCUCUCGACGAGAUCGACCGAUAG